CUUUACAAAGACAUCGAACAAGCAACCGCAGUCACGACAUGCCGAUAUUGCGCACGACCUUUGCAUCGUAUCGCGACUCUUCAUCGCAACGAUAACUCUGUGUAGCAAUUUAUUUAUUUUUGUUCCUGGGUAGUAAGCGCUAUUUCCUAAUUGAUUAUGCUUCAAAAGUACAGAAAAUGGCUAUUAUUCCCCACAAACUUUGCUUUUGUGACCAGGACAGUGAUAUUUAGAAACUUACAUAUUUUUCAGAACAUUCAUGAUAGAUUCAGUGCUGAGUAAACUUGGAGUAACUUCUAAAACAUUCUAGAACUUUCCAGUAAUAUAAAUAGUAGUAGAAAUACAGGGGCCUUAAGCCCACCAGUUCAGUUUAGUUCCAUCUGCCUAAGUGGAUACAUAUGUGCAUUUUUCUGAGAUGGCAUCAAGAGGCUGCAAGCAUCCGUCAGACGCAUUUUGCUAUGUCUGCGGCCAAUUUAUCAAGACAAGAGCGAAAAAGUACUCUUUGGAAGCAUCUGCUAAGAUGUGUGAGAACUACAAGGCAUAUUUCGGCAUGCCUGUCAGGGAUCAAGACAAACCCUGGGCACCUCAUUUCACCUGCGAGCAAUGCAAAAAAAAAACUCUGGAAGGAUGGUAGAGAGGGGAAACGAGAGCCAUCACGUUCGCUAUCCCAAGAAUUUGGCGGGAACCCACUAACCACUCAAGCAACUGCUACUUCUGCAUGGUGGACCCUUCCAAACAUCGGACUGGCAAGAAUGGACCUGCUAUCACGUAUCCAGACCUUCCUUCAUCCAUCGCCCCGGUGCCACACUGCCAUGAGCCCCCCGUGCCCACUCCUCCGGAGAGAGAGCAGCCGUCUUUAGAAGAGAGCAGCAAGUCAGAGAGCGAGGAAGACGUUGUAGAUCCAGAUGACAAUUUCAGAGGUUGGAGCUGAGGAGAGAAACCCAUACUACCCCAACCAAAAAAACCUCAACAACUUGAUCAGAGAUCUUGGUCUCACCAAGUCCAAUGCCGAGCUUUUGACGUCUAGGCUCAAGCAGUAGAACUUACUGGAUAAAAGUGUGCAAAUCGCAGAUCAGAGGAAGCGUUACCAACCUUUUUGCAGCUUCUUCACCCGUCAAGAUGGGCUCUGCUUCCGCCAAAAUGUGACCGGUCUGUUCGAGGCAAUCGGAAUCGCCUGUAACCAGAAUGAGUGGCACAUCUUCAUUGACAGCUCAUCCAGGAGCCUCAAAGCCGUGCUGCUCCAUCAUGGUAACAAGUACCCGUCUCUUCCCCUGGCUCACUCGGUGCACCUCAAAGAGGAUUACAACAGCAUCAAGACCUCGCGGGAUCCCUUGAAGUAUGAUGAGUACGGCUGGGAGGUCAUCAGAGACUUCAAAAUGGUAGCAUUCCUGAUGGGUCUCCAAGUCAGUUUUACCAAGUUUCCCUGCUAUCUUUGCCUUUGGGACAGCAGGGACACCAAGGCGCACUACCACAGGCGGGACUGGCCACAGCGGACCGAGUUCUCUGUGGGUACGCACAACGUCAAGUGGGAGCCACUGGUGGACCCCCGGAAGGUGCGGAUGCCACCACUGCACAUCGAAUUGGGCCUUAUGAAACAAUUUGUCAGAGCUGUAGAUAAGGAGUCGACAACCUUCAAGUACCUUCAAGACUUCUUCCCGAAACUGUCUGAGGCAAAGGUCAAAGCCGGUUUCUUCCUCAGACAACAGAUAAAGAAGAUCCUGGAGUGCAAUGAAUUCCCCAAGAAGCUCACUAGUAAGAAGAAAGCAGCUUGUUACAGCUUUAUCACAGUGGUAUGUGGCACCCUGGGCAAUCACAAGGUCGAAAACUCUGUGGAGCUGGUUGAGACUCUGGUGAAGAACUACGGUCAAAUGGGCUGUAGGAUGUCUCUCAAAGUCCAUAUCCUUGAUGCUCAUCUUGAUAAAUUCAAGGAGAACAUGAGAGCGUACUCGAAGGAGCAAGGCGAGUGCUUCCACCAGGAUAGACUGGACUUUGAACGCUGCUACCAAGGACAGUAUAACGAGAACAUGAUGGAAGACUACAUUUGGGGACUGAUUCGUGAAAGUGAUUUACAGUAUAAUCGUAAAUCUCGAAAAACUACUCACUUCUAAAUAUUUUGUCGUCAUUUUGUAUGACUUUAGUAUAAAUACAUGUGAAUUUUGAUUCAUAUGUUGUUGUUUUUUCUGACUUUAUGUGAACAAAAAGACAAAUUCGCUCGUUUUCUCAUUGAAAAUAGGUAAAUUUCAAAACAUCACUGUCCUGGUCACAAAAUCUAAGUUUGUGGGGAAUAAUAGCCAUUUUCUAUACUUUUUAGGCAUAAGCAAUUAGGAAAUAACACCUACUACCCAGGAACAAACACAUUCCUGCGGAGGGAGCUGGGUU